AUGAGUGACACACGGCCGACAAUCAAGAAUUCUGUUAUGACCCAAGAGAUGCAGGAAGAUGUGAUCAAAUUCGCUCAGGAUGCCAUGAAAAAGCACAAGGCAGAUGGAGAAAUUGCCGGAGCAAUCAAAAGCGAGAUGGAAAAGAAAUAUGGGGAGACGUGGCAUGUCACAGUCGGAGCAAGUUUUGGAAGGAUUCCAGUGUUCAGCCCGCAGCUCAACUUAAUGGUCAGUAAUUUCAAAGAUAUGAUCUGUAAAAUGCGGUAUUAUUGUGCCGAAAAUUGA